UUUUGCUAAGCUUUGCUUUCCCUCCGUUAAAAUUCCCCUCCUCUCUGUGAAAGGAAAUUCAAUCUCCUCUGUGUUUUCUGUACUCCAUUACAGAAUAUUAGGUGCAAAACAUUAGCAAUGGCAGUCACAUUCUACAACCUCAACUCACAGGCUGGUGUCAAGAAGCUGGAUGAGUACCUCCUCACACGCAGCUACAUCACUGGGUACCAAGCUUCAAAGGAUGAUGUUACUGUGUAUGGUGCUUUUCAGUCUGCACCCUCUUCUGAGUAUGUGAAUGUGCUUCGUUGGUACAAUCACAUUGAUGCACUUCUCAAGAGGAGUGGAGUGACUGCGGAAGGAAAAGGUGUUAGCAUUUCUGGAUUUUCUCCCCCUUGUGUAGAGGCCCCUGUUUCUCCUCCGGUUACUGAUGCCAAGGCUCCGGCUGCUGAAGAUGAUGAUGAUGAUAUUGAUCUCUUUGGUGAAGAGACCGAGGAGGAAAAGAAGGCAGCUGAAGAACGUGCAGCUGCUGUCAAGGCAUCAGGCAGAAAGAAAGAGAGUGGAAAAUCUUCAGUUCUUCUUGAUGUCAAACCCUGGGAUGAUGAGACCGACAUGAAGAAGCUUGAAGAGGCUGUUAGAAGCGUUCAAAUGGAGGGUCUUCAUUGGGGAGUUUCAAAGCUUGUGCCAGUUGGGUAUGGCAUUAAGAAGCUUCAAAUUAUGAUGACAAUUGUGGAUGACCUUGUUUCUGUUGAUACUCUCAUUGAGGAACAGCUUACCUCUGAACCGGCAAACGAGUACAUUCAGAGCUGUGAUAUUGUGGCUUUCAACAAAAUCUGAGGCAACAAACAAUUAAGAGUUAUGCAACUCUUCUUUUUGAAGGAUGGCAUCUUUGAUGUUUCAGUUGACAUAUUCUCAUCAAGGUUUGGUGUGGCGUGUAGGGAUUAAAUCAUAUUUACUGAGUCAUUGUGUUAAUCAAUCUCUCUUGAAUCGGUACUUCGAGUUUUAGAAAAAUGAUUUAAUCCAUUUUUCGUAAAAAUUGGUACAAUCUGUUUUAUAUAUUUUAUUUUCACAAACCUAUAUGGUGGUGUUCCUUACAAA